AUGGAUUCGGGGCUCGGCUCUGGCUCCCCAGGGCAAGACAACGAGCCCAGCCUGCUCGAGUAUGCGCGAAUGCAGAACAUCUGCGUAGACUACACGACUGAACUUGUAUCCUUUCUCAAAACCGGCGUACAUUCCAAUGAGACCUUCGACCAGAGUCUCUGCGACCUCCCUGACUCCUCCAUCACUAAUGCAAUCCCCGCACUAACGCGAGAACGGCUUGCGGUAAGCAAAGAGACGGCACUGUUGCUCAAAGCAGUCUACAGCCUUGAAGAACACCCCUCAGCCAGCUAUUUCGGGAACGGCGGAAACCAUCCAAAGCAAGAGCUCCCUGUGCUCCAGACAGACCACGACCUUGACCUGUUGAGUUUCGCUAGUGUGACGCCACUCGACUGGAAGCAUAUCAAGAUCCCGUCCGAGAUUAUUAUUGAACAAGACGACGAGGGUCUGGAAUGGCCGACACGUUAUCUCUCAAUCGCUAAGCGAUGUGACGCGCAAGCCAAGGCUGAGAAGCUUGUCGUCUCAAGACACGCGCUAGUUUUUCUACAAGAAGCUAUCCGCGAUGCAUACGCUCGGGCUAUUCGGCCUAUCACGCCUCCUUUGCUUCCGCUCUCUCCGUUACAAGUGCCUUACGUACCUUCAUCGCCCACGAAUCAUCUGCCACUACUAUCAGAUAGUAGUGACUCGGUCCGUGCAGAAGCAUGCAGCCUGCAUGAACAGAUCAUGGCCGCUGAUUCUCUUACGCGGAAAGAAUCAGACAGUAGCGACUCAAUGCUUCUUGACGUCGUCCAUCCGUCGCCGUUUAGCCCGCUGUCAGAAGCACGCGCAUCCACUCCUUUGAAGCGCAAAGCUGAAGACUUGAAAGUGGAAGGGCCGCUAACACCACCUAUCCUUUCCACCUCGCCAAUGAAGAAGCUCAAGUCGGUUUCUUUUGCUACAAAUCUAGACGAGUAUAUUUCAUAUGAGCCGUGGAGGCGGGACAGUGACACACAUACCACCAGCGAGGAUUUUGAUGAGUUGUUCCGGGACAUUGAGCCGCUAGCCGAACACGCGAGAAGGAAAGUAAGGAAUGAAAGGCUCUCUGAUGCUGAUACAACGGCACGCGUAAGCGUUCCAGACAUGGAGCUGUCAUUACCCGUGGCGCCCUGGCUUGAGUAUUGCGAACAAACCCGUAGUAAGUAUCGAUAUGACGGGCCUACCGAGCUUCAAGCGCAGAUGCAAUUCCUGAAGAGAAUCAAGCGCGAGGAUCUCAAAUCAGCAACAUCUUGGCAUGGACUGUCAAUUCCGGAAAGAGAGUUACAAUGGGGGUUUCUGACCACAAAAGUCUCUACCCUGAAGCUAGAAGAGAAACUCCAUGGUGAAUCCGAAGUGGAGCGGGUCUUGAAUGAGAUAAAAUCAGGUAACAUUGCGACUAGCUCGACACAGGUAUGGAAAUGUGACGGGUUGAGAAUCCUCGAUGCAGAUGAAGAGGAUGAGAUAAAACCAGCGGAUUAUGACGAAAGGCGUGAUGUGAAAGCUGCACUGCACAAGCGCAAACUGGAGAUGGAAGAGGAGGCUGCGCAGGAAUCGACCAAACGGACAGUCUCACAGUACCCUCCAUGCCGACUGGUUCAGCUGCCAAUGGACGCGUCGAAGACUCGCCAUAGUGGGGAGCAGAUAUCCAGUGCACAUGAUCCAGUAAGCACGCAAGCAAAAACGCUCGAUUUUAACAAUCAAAAGCUUCGAGCAAAACGUCUUCUACAGGAAUCCAUACAAGAUACAAAACACGCGGGUAGGGAGCUCAUGUUUGGCGGGUUUUCAGCCACUAGAGCUCUCCAAAGAUUCAUGGAGACGCGUGGAAAGACUGUCAGUUCUGUAAAACCUGACAGAGUUGGGCUGCCUACCUUGAGCAGUCAUGACCAACUAACGACCAAAACUGCACCGGCCGGGCUGAAAGGUUCCUCACACAGACAGACUGUAACGACACUAGCUGAGCACUCAGAAGAGGGGUUGCAUAAGGCAGGCUCAAAAGGCAGAGGCAAUACAGUUAUGACGAUACCUUUGCCGGUACUUCCCAGUGUCCCGACCGAUCUUAAGCCAUCUUCUUUCAUUAUUUCCACAAGAUUCCUACAGCAAAGGGCACUGUUGAGACAAAUUGAACAACAAUAUCCAAAGGCCGAGAUGGUAUACCGAGACUAUGCUUUGCCGCACUCAGCAAGCAACGAGGCCGACAUGAUUCUUUCGCCAUCCACCGGUCUGAUUCUCACCACUCUGCAGCAGAUCAAGCAAAGAGCUCUUCCUGGCCGGCCUGAGAGAUCGCCGAUAAAAGAACAUAUCGCCACUCUCCAGUUACGGUAUGAAAGGCUGCUUGUUCUUGUCAGCGAGGGACUGAGCAGUGGAUUGGAAGAACUAGGGUCCAGUCGACUCGAGGAUCCACGUGAUAGAGAGGUGUUACAGGAGAUUGAAGCCUUUGCUGCUCAGAUGGAGGGUGAUGUACUUGUUCAGUAUGUUCGUGGGGGCGAGAAGGCCCUCGUGUGUUCUACGGUGAUAGAAAUGGCAAAGUAUGGACUGCCGCAUGGCUCAGCAGACAUUGGCGAUAUCAAGCCCAUAGCUCAGGAGACCACGUACGAAGUCUUCCUCCGCCGAGCCGGUCUCAAUCCAUUCGCGGCCCAAGCAAUCGUGGCACUGCUGAAGAAGCCCUUGAGUCUGGAAGUUGGACCCUCGUCAAGCUCGCCGUUUCCAGCUGAGCCGAAGAACAUAGCGGUAGCUGGCCUUGGUCGCUUUCUCAUGAUGAGCAAGAAGGAGAGAAUACACGCAUUCCAAGCGCUCAUGGGCGGGAGCAGGAUACUGAGGGGCGUCAGUGAUGUACUAGACCAGAAAUGGAUCAGCGCUGCGCAUGGUUUCAAGAUAUGA